UAGCUAAUCCCACUUUGACGCCGUCGCCCGCCAACAACAAAAGAGAGAUUCUGCAACUGCGAUGGCUACUGCGGGCUCUGAACGUUUGGGAGAGGCGGCGGACUGCAGUGCGGAAAACACUGUAGAUAUGGAUGUGUUUCAGAAACUGAAUACUGCAAGUCAGAAACUUGGACAAGCUGUAAAAAUAAAUUAUUGGACCCCAGCAGAUCCCACCUCUAAUAAUGAAGAAUCAUAUAAGUAUAUGUUCAGACUGAAGCACCAACUGGCAAAGCAGUGCGAGGAUAUGAAAAUAAGGCUUAAAAUUGAUGAAGAUUCUAAUUUUUUAAAUCCCACCUCAGAGGCAAAACUGGAUAUAACAGAAGCUUUGACUGAAUUGGAAACUGCUAGGAACCAGCACCAGAAAACCACAUUAGCCUUGCACAGAGCACAGGUUUCCUCUACCAUAUCAGAGAAAGUUGUUAAAGAAGAUAAACAAACAGAAGCAAUAAAGGAAACAGUAAAUCACACUCUGCGCUUAUAUUCACAGAUAUUAAACUUGCAGGAGGAAGGCAACAAACUAAAAAGUCAACUUCGGGAAGUUCGAAAAGAAAGACUAACUUUAAAGAAAGACGCACUGAUGAAUAUGGAGGAGAUUAGAAAAGUCAGCAAAAUGAAGGAGAAAAAGGUGCAGUCAAUGAAAAGUGAGGUGUUGAAACAAGGCCAGGAAUACUUGGAAAAAUAUCUUAACAUUGCUGCUCUGACAGAAAAUGUAUUUCAGGGUCUUAUUCUGGGAAGUAACGUGAACUGGGCCACAGAUCCCCAUUUACGAGAAAUCGUCUUACAGCUCGAAAAGAAUUUCUCAGUUUAGGUUCUAUGAAGCAGUGACUGAUAACGUGGACUACACUGCUGUCUACGAUGGUGGUUAUUAGUGUUAACAAUUACUGUUCUAAAGUUUAGUUAUACUGUACCACUGUUUUAAGAAAUGUGCCUUUUUCUAGGUAUGAUUUAAAAUCAUGAGUAUUAAGAAUGCAUCAUGAAUUUUAAAAUUGUUUUAAAAUACUGCUUAAUUUGCUGUCAUUAAUGUGUUUAGUUGUAACUUCUGAAUUAACUGUUGAUUUCACUUUUUGUUAUUGCAAUAAACUGAUCUAAUGCAAAUCGGGUAUAUCACACAA